CUACCUGAGCUCCCUCUUCAGCCGGCUCCCGCAGGGCCGGGGCAGCCAGCCGCAGGCGCCGAGCCCCGGCAGCUGCCUGGCCGGGGCCAAGAACUAGGGGAGUCCCAGCGGGGCACCACAGCCGGCUACUACUAUCUGGAAGGGAGAGAGGCCGAGGCUGGAGCGGCGGGUGGCGGGGCCGGUGGGCUCACGGCGUGGUCACCUGCCCUUUCUGGGCCCGAGGGACUGUACCCCGCGCUGCAACCACGUGGGGGCGCGGCGGGACUUCCCCCGCACCCGCGCCAACUUUGCAGCGGUCGGUACCCGACUGGGUUGCUGAGGAGUCCGGGUGAACUGGUCGUGGAGCCAGGUCUCUUUAAGUUGAGCCUGGCACCGGCCACACACACAACCGGCACGGCUUUCGCCUUCGCGUCCCUCCUCUCCAGGCAUAAAGAAAGUUUGAGGAUCAGGACUUCAGGCGUUUGCCAUACCCCACCCUCAGCUGCUGGGUGCCCAUAGUCCGUCUCUGGGGAUAAAACAGGACUACUGUGAAAGUGUCCGCGUUUGGGGCCCCGCCUGGGGAGCAAGGGCGCGCGAUGAGCGCCGGGGCCGCGCGGUGACAGACCGCUAGCUGCGCUGGAGCGCGGAUUGGACCUAGCCCUGCCGAAGCAUCGGAAGCAGAGUUGGGUACCAGCGCAGGGAACGGAGCCUGCAAGUGCAAAACUUUAUAAUGGCAAAUCAAAGGUCCCAGGAGGCUAGCUCCCUUUUACCACCGGCCUCUCGCUCCAGUCUCGGACCUAUCCUUUAAACCAGAUCCUUAGGCCUGGCCACUUGAUCCAUGGAGCAAAGCCCGUGUAUCGCACCGAUAGGAGCUAAGCUGCAACAGCAGCCCCUAGGUCGGACCUCUCGAGGGCGCUUGGCCAAUCAGAUACCCCCUGAGAUCCUGAACAACCCCCAGCUGCAGACAGCCAUUAAAGUCCUGCCUUCCAACUAUAACUUUGAGAUCCCCAAGACCAUCUGGAGGAUUCAACAAGCCCAGGCCAAAAAAGUGGCCUUACAAAUGCCUGAAGGCCUCCUCCUCUUCGCUUGCACCAUUGUGGAUAUCUUGGAAAGGUUCACAGAGGCCGAAGUGAUGGUGAUGGGCGAUGUCACCUAUGGAGCUUGCUGUGUGGAUGACUUUACUGCAAGAGCCCUGGGAGCUGACUUCUUGGUGCACUAUGGCCACAGCUGCCUUGUUCCAAUGGACACCUCUAUCCAAGACUUCCGGGUACUGUAUGUCUUUGUGGACAUCCGGAUAGACACUAACCACUUCCUGGACUCUAUCCGCCUCACCUUUCCCCCAGCCAGUGCCCUUGCCCUGGUCAGCACCAUUCAGUUUGUAUCAACUUUGCAGUCAGCUGCCCAGGAAUUGAAAGCUGAAUAUCGUAUGACUGUCCCACAGUGCAAACCCCUGUCUCCUGGAGAGAUUUUGGGCUGUACAUCUCCCCGACUGCCAAAGGAAGUGGAAGCCAUUGUGUAUCUUGGAGAUGGUCGCUUCCAUCUGGAGUCUGUCAUGAUUGCCAACCCCAAUGUCCCUGCUUACCGGUAUGACCCAUACAGCAAAGUCCUAUCCAGAGAGCACUACGACCACCAGCGCAUGCAGACCACUCGGCAGGAAGCCAUAGCCACUGCCCGCUCCGCCAAAUCUUGGGGCCUUAUUCUGGGCACUUUGGGCCGCCAAGGCAGUCCUAAGAUCUUGGAGUACUUGGAAUCUCAACUCCAAGCCUUGGGACUUCCUUUUGUGAGGCUGCUGCUGUCUGAGAUAUUCCCCAGCAAGCUCAACCUACUUCCUGAGGUAGAUGUGUGGGUGCAGGUGGCGUGUCCACGCCUCUCCAUUGACUGGGGUACAGCCUUCUCUAAACCACUGCUUACACCCUAUGAGGCAGCCGUGGCCCUCAGGAACAUUUCCUGGCAGCAGCCCUACCCCAUGGACUUCUACGCUGGCAACUCCUUGGGGCUUUGGACGGUGAAUCACCGGCCAGACCUAAACUCCCAAGGCCCCAGCCGCUCAGCUUCCGGGAAGGUGCAGGAGGUGUCCACACUCCCCUCUCCAGCCGCGGAUUGCGAGGGGUGCAGCUGCAGAGACGGGGUGGCGUCUCCUUGAGACGCCCCUGGUUCCCAGGUUCCUGCCCUCCUGAGGAGCAGCCUCGAGGCUGGUGGUUUUCCAAAGAGGAGGCAGACGUUUUCUCCGCACUGGAAGAGCCCACGGUGUGCAGAGGUCUGGAGGAAUCUCUGGAAACGGUGGCACAGGCACUGAGCA